AACAUCAAACUGCAAAACCUUUUAUAGGAAAUGGUAAUCUUGUUAUAGGAAAGAUUUCAAGUAACCUUUUAACAUAUACAUUAAAAGCUGUGAAAGAAAUUUUACUUCCUUUGAUGAGAAUUUCAAAUGAAGCAUACUACGAUUUAGUGAAGGAAAUUGAAAUUGAACUUUAUAGUGGAAAAGCAG